AUGAUAGUCAUUCCAGGCAUGAUUCCCAAGAGAUUCUUAAAACUAUGUGACCACUCCCGAGGGGAAAACAGAGCCGUUUUAGGAAGAGCAACAGAUUUCUUCCACACUGUGGACCGGGAUCUAAAACUCUCCACCACCAAGAGCCUCCCCAACCCUUGCGUCCCUUACCCGAGGUCCCCCCGAACCCCCCCGGCAUCCCGGCCGCCCCUCUGCACACCCCGGGUCUCCCCGGACCCCCGGACCCCUGUCCCCCGGCAUCCCGGGCAGGAAUUCGGCGGCCAGAUCAGGCCAGGCGCGCACUCGCACUCGCACUCGCACUCGCACUCGCACACGCGCGCACACUUACUCUUCGCCCCAGCGCCGAGCAGCCCCGCUGGAACUCAGCUCGCUGCCCCCGGCCGCCGCCCCCCCCCCCCGGCCGCCGCCCCGGCUGUGCGCUCCCUCCGAGCCGAGCGGCUCCCCGCGCAGCAGCCCGCGGGGGAAGCGGCCGCAACGCCGCCGCGCGGCCUGGAGCCCCCGCCGCCCCGCCGCCCCGCCGCCCCGGCCGUGGGACAGCAGCGCCCCACCCCCUGCACCCCGAGGCCCCGGCGCCCCGGCCGUGGGAGAGCAGCGCCCCCCCCCGUACGCCCCGAGGCCCCGGCCGGGGAGAGCAGCCCCCCCCGUGCACCCCGAGGUCCAGGCCGUGGGAGAGCAGCGCCCCCCCGCGUGUCCCCCCCGCGUGCGCCCCGAGGCCCCGGCGCCCGGCCGUGGGAGAGCAGCGCCCCCCCGCGUGCUCCCCCCCCGUGCACCCCGAGGUCCAGGCCGUGGGAGAGCAGCGCCCCCCCGCGUGCUCCCCCCCGUGCACCCCGAGGUCCAGGCCGUGGGAGAGCAGCGACCCCCCGCGUGCGCCCCCCGAGUGCACCCCGAGGCCCCGGCGCCCGGCCGUGGGAGAGCAGCGGCCCCCCCCCGCGUGCUCCCCCCCCCGUGCACCCCGAGGUCCAGGCCGUGGGAGAGCAGCGCCCCCCCCCCCGCGUGCUCCCCUCCCCGUGCACCCCGAGGUCCAGGCCGUGGGAGAGCAGCGCCCCCCCCGCGUGCGUCCCGAGGCCCCGGCGCCCCGCGGUGGGAGAGCAGCGCCCCCCGUCGGCGCCCCCCUCGGGCCCCGCGCUCCCCUGCGCCCUGAGUCGGCCCCGGGCGCCGUGUCCUGCGCUCCGCCGGCCCUCCGCGGCGUGGGCACCGGGCCGGGCCCCGGGGGCAGAGCAGCCGCGGCGCCGCAGCCCCCCCGCGAGGGGAAGGGGACGAGCCCAGGCCGGGCGCCCGGGGAGAGGGGCGGCCCCUCGGGGCGCGCAGGGUCCGCUCCCUCGCCGGCCUCCCGCACCCCGCGGCGGCGUUUCCGGACCUGGGGGCGCCCCGAGCCCUCCGCUGGGAACGCGGGAGAGCGGGCGCCGGGGACGCCCGGGACGCGGGGGGGGGGGCGCACCUGUCGGGCCCCGGCGCCGCGGCACCGCCCCGGGCUCGCUCGCGUCCACCGCUCCACAGGCGGCCCGGGCCGCGACGUGCCCAGGGCAGCGGGCUCCCCGCUCCGCUCGCUCGCCCCGAGAGCCGGGGCCCGGGCCCCUCUGCGGCUCCCUCCCCGAGGCCCCCGAGGCCCUGGAGCCCCUUCCCCUGCCCUGCACCGAAGGACGGAGAAAGAAAGUGGAGACUAGAACGCACCAUGGUGAGGUCCCUCGGGUCCGGUCCCGCCGACGCUGGCCGCGCUCCCCGCCCCCGGUCCCCCCGCAGGUGGCGGCGGCCGGCGGCGGCUCCCGCUCUGCUCUUCGGCCUUUUGCCUCCGGUUCGGCGCAGCCCAAGUGUCGGGAAACCGCGAGAAACCUGCUGCGGAAAAUCAGCUCAGUGUUGGAGUCUCACCCACCACGCCCAGAUAGGGCAGGGCACGGAGUCCGGUCCUCCCCAGCCGCCCCGUCGCCAUCCCAGCAGUUACUUGACCUCGAGGAGGAAUCAAGAACAGGAAACACUGGAAAACCAGGCAAUGCGGUAUGUGGGAAAAGCAACCAAUCUCAGGUACUAGUGAUCGUGAAACACGUGUUCUGA